AAACGCACUUUAACUGGGGAAAACGUUAGGAAGAAAGCUACAUCGGCAGCCAACUUUUUUAAUCAAGCUGGUCCGCAAAAAUCCAAUAAAAAUGGCGCAGUAAUGAAUACAAUCAAGAGAGCUAACCACCAAAUCAAUAAUGACAACACUAUAAUGGGAAGAAAUCGAGCCCUAUUUGACAAAGAAGAAUAUGCGCUUAGAAAUACUUAUAAACGCGACGACGAUAUUGAUGAGGACAAUGAAAGAAGUACCGGGAGCAAUGAUAUGGCUGAGUUGAUUGGACUCCUUCAGUCUAAAACCAAGAGAAGGUCCUUAUCAAAAUUAAACAAAUUUGAACGUGAACAAGGAGCACGAUUAGAAAAAACUAAGGAAAUGAUUGAUGGUGAAAGUGGUAUUAUAACCAUUUGGGUUAACGAAAUGAAAGAAAUUACGUCAAAUGUGAAAAGAAAGAUUGAUAACCGAUUAGAACGUGAGAAAGAAUACAUCAAGAAACUAAGGCUUGAUCUUGAGAAUUACCAGAUAAUGACGGCAAAAACAUUAGAUAACCUCGCAAAGCUUCACACGCAAUCCCAAAAGUUAGGGCGGAAUCUUGAUAACAAUUUGAAGCAACUUUAUGCAGUCGACGAAGCUGAAUUAAAUGAGGCACUAGAACAAUUUAUUAAACAGCAAAACCACGUUCAUAAAAAGUUAUUGCAUACAAACAAGAAGGACCACGACAUGACUGCACUCAAAAAACAGUUAUCUGGGUGCUAGUUGGAUCGAAAUAUUAAGAAAUUUUAAAUAACAAAAAAUUGGCUGCUUUCUUGUAAUAUUUAGUAAAUUGUAGAUUUCAACUUUAUGCAAGUACAAUAUUAAUUAACGAUUUUAUAAGCGAAGAGUAAACAUAAAUAAUUUUCUUUUACUUGAAUAUAAAUAUUAGUUCCCUUUACAAAUUUUAAGUCCACGGAUUAAAACACUGACUG